CGUUUCCAUUUCUUCCCGAGCUCGGAGGUGAGAGUGAGUGAGUGAGUGAGUGAGUGUGAUUCAUUGCUUCCCUUCCUUCCUCCUCUUGCUCCCUCCCUCCAUUCCUCCUGCGCUCUUCUAUUUGCCUACUUCUUCUUCUCCUUCUUCUCCUCCUUAGCCCUAGUAUUUGGAUCCCCUUUGAUCGCUGCUUUGUGUCCAUUGCAGGAGGAAUUUUGGCUUAUUAGGAGAUUGAAUUUGACCUUUCCACCAGUUGAAUGCAGAGAGGCGGGUUUUGUAGUAGCGCAGAGUUUUUGUGGACGCUGGCAGAGGAGCAGAGGGCCUGGAGAUAGUGUGAAGUUGGAUCUAUCUCUAGUGAGUGGCGGACUGCAACUAGCAUCAUGGCGACAAGAGCUCGGGCUGACAAUUACGAUUACCUUAUCAAGCUGUUGCUGAUUGGUGACAGUGGGGUUGGAAAAUCUUGUCUUCUCCUUCGGUUUUCCGAUGAUUCCUUCACAACAAGUUUCAUCACCACGAUAGGCAUCGAUUUCAAAAUUCGGACCAUCGAGCUGGAUAAUAAGCGCAUCAAACUUCAGAUUUGGGACACCGCUGGACAAGAGCGAUUUCGCACAAUCACAACAGCAUAUUACAGAGGAGCAAUGGGAAUACUGCUGGUUUACGAUGUGACGGAUGAAUCUUCGUUUAACAACAUUAGGAACUGGAUCAGGAAUAUAGAGCAGCAUGCAUCUGACAAUGUAAAUAAGAUUCUGGUGGGAAACAAGGCUGAUAUGGACCCGAGCAAAAGAGCUGUUCCUUUUGCCAAAGGUCAGGCGCUGGCCGAUGAAUACGGUAUCAAGUUUUUUGAAACUAGUGCCAAAACAAACAUGAACGUAGAGGAUGUUUUCUUCACAAUUGCAAGGGACAUCAAGACGAGGCUGGCCGAGAGCGAUUCUAAACCUGAUGCCAAAAAUGCGGCGGGCAAACCAGAUGUGAAGCUUACUCCAGGGGGCGCUCAACAAAAGCCAGCGUCUGGCUCUUGCUGCUCAUAGGUGACCGGUUAUUUUUUGUGACAUAGUUUAAUCUCUUGGAUCUAUGUCGAGACGAACACAUUUUUAUCUCUGUCUUGAACUGGCUCCACCAAACAGCUCCUGAAGGCGCUGUGGAGUUGAUGCUUGGUUGGGGAUUGUAAGCUCGUUGUCCCCGCGCAGAGACUGAAGAUUCUUGGGACCAUUUCGGAGGUCACAUGGCGCUGAAGCAUUUAGCCAAAUUCUCUUCACCAUUUUUUUGAAGCAGCAUUGCACAAGGUUUUAGGUUUCUCAAUGCUCUUGCAGAAUGAGACGCCAAGGCACGAGAUGGGCUUCUGCAAUGGGGUAACUUGAUAAUUUUAUCAGAUUGACUAUUCUAGGUAUAUUUCCUUAGCUUUCAUUUUCUUAGUCUCUUUAAAAGUCAAAAGACUGAUGACAUGUCUCGUGACGUAACUCAACUGUGUAAAAUCACCUGGUAUUUAAGAUCGCGAGGUGGAGAGGUAUCAAGUAUUGUGAGCAAAAUCCACAAAAUUUCAAUGACUAAAUACCAAUGGUGUUUAAUGCAUUUUAAAAAAAUUACUGGAUAUCUUAACCUGAUGUCCAUAUUCUUAGUAGUUUGUUGUCAUUGCCGUGUAUAUGUUUCUAGAAAGCGAAGACUCAGCUUAAGACGGUAAAAUAUAUCACAGCAAGGUGAUAUGAGCCUGCAUAUUGUAGCUCUAUUGAUUUCUGGUUAUGAAGUGUAAAAUGAUUUAGUU